GUAAUUGAAAAUAAAUUGAAAGUAAUUCGCGAAACAGUUGACAUCGACAAAUUUUGAUCAUAUUUAAUAAAAAAAUAACUUGAAAUGAAAUCAGCUAAAAUCUUGUUUGUAGUCGCUUUGGUGAUGUUGGUUCGCGGAAAUCCGGACGAUCCAUUAUGCUUGACAUCUGUAAGUCAAAGGGUUCCAGUGGUUCCGGAAAUUCCCAUCAAUAUUGAGUCCAAAGGCUAUCACAUCUGGAUGUAUAAAUGCUGUGGCCAUAAGAGAUACGAUCCAAAAUGUUCAGGCAAACCAGAAAACGACUUGCCAUCGAUCGAUGAACUAGAUACAAUCGUCGUUAAAAUUGGAACGCUGCUCACCAAUGUUUUUGAUCGUGCCGCGUUUACCGAUGCUGAAUUUAGCAAGGAAUUCAACAGCAUUGCUUCCCAAUUGAGGGGUUUAUUAAAACUGGUACCUGACAUGAAGGAAUCUGUGGAGGGAAUCUGCUAUGACUUAUACGGAAACAUGCUUCGAAUCAAGCCCAACCUCAAAAAUUCUGGAUAUUUAAAUUAUUUCAAAAAAGUUGGAUUGGGAACAUUGGGCGCUUAUUUAUCGAAGCAAAAAUACAAGAAUGCACCAAUUCAGACUUCAAGCUCCGAAUUUAUUCAUAUACCGAUGGUAAAGGCUUCGCUGAGAGAGGUUAAGCUUGCCAUCAAAGCAAUUAACAAAACUGAAUGGCUAAAGAGUUGCACAGUUCAACAAAGAACCGACGAGUAUCCCGAUGGUGAACCAACAGUUGACAUUCCAGAUGAUUUGGAGUCGAUUGGCGGAACUGUGAGUGAAAUUUCAAAAGAAUUUGAAGAAGCCGCAAAACAGAAAAGUUAUACUAACUUUAGCGCAGACAAAUCAAAGUUUGACUCAAUUGCAAAGAAAUUAUCGGAAAUAUACAGAAACAAUGGUGUGGAUGUUAAGUUUAACGUGGAUCGUGUGUGCCGUGACAUGUUCAAUAUUCUAACAUUCAUGAGAGCCUGUGAUCGGCCAGAGUCAAACAGACACAGAAAGUAAUGAUAGAACGCAACGUUUGUUGACGUAAACACAAAUAAAGCACCUCAAUUCAAACAAAA